UUCUUAAAGAUGAAUUCACUAAAUUAUUAAGAUUAUAAAGGAUAAAAGCAGAGAUAUAUCGUAACACCAACUUACCAUGGUUGCAGUUUACCGGAAAAGGAAGUUUGAUUGUUCACGUGACUUAAAGAUGGAUACCACAGCAGAAGACACGAAUGGAGAAGAGGGUCUUGGAAAUUUUGAUGUGGUCCCCAAUCUUGGAGUUUUAGACCUUACUUCAGAAGAUUUCCUCCUGGAUGAAGUUGAUUUUCAUAUACAACAAAAUCUGGAAGAUGAUAUUGUAAAAGAAGCUUUGAAAACUGGUGUUGAUCUCAGACAAUAUUCCAAGCAAAUAGAGAAAGAAUUAUUAGAGGUUGAAAAUGCUUCUAUACAGGGAUAUAUUAAAGAGAGCCAAAAUAUUGCCAGUCUUCACAAACAGAUAGCAGCAUGUGAUACCAUCCUAGAGAGGAUGGAACAAAUGUUAAAUGGUUUCCAGGCUGAUUUAAGUAGUAUCAGUAAUGAAAUUCAAACAUUACAAGAACAGUCGAUUGCCAUGAACAUCAAACUCAAGAAUAGACAGGCUGUGCGGGGAGAACUGAGUCAGUUUGUUGACGAAAUGGUAAUUCCUGAGAGUAUGGUGUCACAUAUCGUGGAUACCCCAGUGACUGAGCGAGAAUUUAUGGAACAACUGAAUGAAUUGAAUCAUAAAAUAAAUUUUGUCAAGGAACAGUCGUUUAAAGAGGCUCGCUCUUGCCAGGAUGUCCGUGAUAUUCUUGAAAAACUCAAGACUAAGGCUUUAAGCAAAAUACGGGAAUACCUUCUUCAGAAGAUUUACUCAUUUAGGAAACCGAUGACAAAUUACCAAGUACCCCAAAACACUAUGCUUAAAUUCAGGUUCUUCAAUGAAUUCCUCAUGAGCCAUGAAAGACAAGUAGCCAAAGAAAUUCGUGAUGAAUAUGUGGACACUAUGAGCAAAGUUUAUUAUUCUUAUUUUAAAGGAUACACAAGUCGACUCAUGAAACUUCAGUAUGAAGAGCUUGCAGACAAAGAUGACUUGAUGGGAAUUGAAGAUACAGCAAAGAAAGGGUUUUUCUCUUCAAAGCCUUCUUUAAAGAACAGAUCCACAGUGUUCACUGUAGGAGAUAGAGGGGAAGUACUAACUACUCAGCUUGAAGCUCCUGUUAUUGUCCCACAUGCUGCUCAGAAAAAUGAAACCCGGUAUACAUUUGAAAAGCUGUUUCGCAGUCAGCACUACACUUUGAUGGAUAAUUGUUGUCGAGAAUAUUUGUUCAUUGUGGACUUCUUCAUGGUAUCAGUUGGAAGUACAGCAGCUCAGGAACUUUUCAAUAGCAUCAUGGGGAAAACACUAUCAAUGUUUUUGAAACAUAUGGAAGUUUACACAAAUGAUUGCUUUGAUUCUAUUGCCAUCUUUCUCUGCAUUCAUAUCAUUAAUCGUUAUCGUACCAUCAUGCUUAAACGCAAUGUACCUGCUCUGGAGAGGUACUGGCAAACACUUCAGGACAUAAUGUGGCCAAGAUUCCAAUAUAUACUUGAACUAAAUAUUCAUAGCGUUAAAGAAUGUGAUCCCCAGAAACUUGGACAAAUUGAUAUCCGGCCCCAUUAUAUCACACGUCGGUAUGCUGAAUUUUCAGCUGCCAUCGUGGGCAUCAACCAGUCAUAUCCCGAUGAAAAGGUGCAUCAGCUGUUAGGUCAGCUUCAAAUUGAAGUAGAAAACUUUGUCCUGAAAAUGGCAGCUGAAUUUCCUCAGCGUAAGGAGCAGCUUGUAUUCCUCAUCAACAACUACGACAUGAUGCUCAACGUUAUUAUGGAACGUACAGAGGAUUCAAAAGAAUGUGAAAGUUUCCAAGAGUUGCUCUCUGCUCGAACACAAGAGUUCAUUGAAGAAGUUCUUGCACCUCAUUUUGGUGGUAUGGUUAGUUUUGUAAAAGAAUGUGAAGUGAUAAUUGAAAAAGGAAACUUAGAUGCCUUGAAGAAUGAAGAAAGACGAGUCCAGCAGAUUGUUCGUGGGUUUAAUUCUGAUUGGAAGAAAGCAAUUGAGAUUAUAAACCAAGAUGUGAUGCGUUCUUUCACCAACUUUAAAAAUGGUACUCAAAUAUUGCAGGGUGCUCUCACACAGCUGGUUCAAUAUUAUCAUCGUUUCCAGAAGGUUUUAAGCCAAGGCCCACUGCGUAAUUUACAGAUCCGCAAUGAACUUAUCAAUAUUCAUCAUGUUAUGGUUGAAGUAAAGAAGCACAAGCCAACAUUCUAAUGACAUUCCACUGGUGUUAUCAUUAUCAUCAUCGUCGUUAUUAUUAAUAUUAUUCCAUAUUUGACAAGAAGACAUAGAACAAUAUUGUUUGGUAUACUGGUUCAGUAUAGAAACCUGUCUGCUGGCUUUGUACCAGAUAUAUUAUUAUCAUUGGAAUAAAAGCUGUUUACUUGUUGUAAUUACCCAAUACCUAAAGGACGUUGCCCACACUGAUACACUGUUUGUACACACACAUGUAUGAUGCAGGCACACUAUUCUCUUAAAUCUUCAGUUGUUUCCUUUAUUUCUUUUCUAAUAAGUUUAUUCUAAUUUUGCUAUUUUCUAGCUUGGGUUUUUAUCUUUUUUCAGUUGAGGGUAAAUCAAACAUGCAUCAGUCAUUAACUGGCCAUAUAUAUAUAUAUAUGGAGUAACUUUACAUUAAGGAGUGGAACGUACAGUUUCCUCUAAAUCAGGCUCCAUCACAGUUCCAGCAGAUGAAAUGGAAAAGGUGUUGCUCCGAAGGAUGGUGAAGGAACAACGACUCACAGGGUUCUUACUUGUGAACAGCCAUCUCUGCCCUGAUAGUGGUGGACAGGGAUAUAGCCUGGUGGCUAAGAAUGCCAUCCAAUUGAAAAUUAAUAGGUUUUUGUUACAUUCUUUCCUGUUGGAAUUAACAGAAUUAUAUAUUGUUUCUCUCUAUAGCUCUCCCUCCCUAUGCCCAUAACCAGCCCUUAAAAUGGACUGGGAUGUAAAUUUAAGACAGUUACCAAAAAUAAACUAUUUCCAUCUUUUUAAUAUCUUCAUGAAUACAUAUAUGCUUUUAGAAAGUACACCUCUACAAACACUGACAAUAAUAAUAAUAAUAAUAAUAAUAAUUAUGAUGAUAAUUUCUAAUUUAGCCACAAGACCAGCAAUAUGAGGAAAGAGUUUACCAAUUAAAUCAACAAAAGUUGGUUGAAGGUACUGGCAACUUGGGUGAUCACCCAGACCUAGGCAACCACCCAAGUGCUUGGGAGCACCACAUCUUCAGUUUUGGAUUUUUGAAAUAAAAGAGAUAAAAUGAAUAUAAUAAACUAAA